AAGCGACGACAACUUGCGAUCAACACGCUGACCGUCGACGCCAACAUGAAGACGUUGCUCUUCCUUUCCUGCAUAGUGGUAGCAGCUUAUUGCGCAUGCAAUGAUAACCUUGAGUCCGUUUUGGACAAAUAUCGCAAUCGUGAAAUUGACUCAGAAGCAGCUGAGCUUGACGGAGAUGACUUGAUCGACUAUGUCAAUGAAAACCAAAAUCUUUGGACGGCUAAGAAACAAAGACGUUUUUCAUCGGUCUACGGAGAGAACGACAAGGCGAAAUGGGGAUUGAUGGGUGUCAACCAUGUCAGACUUUCUGUUAAGGGCAAACAACACUUGUCCAAGACCAAGGAUCUCGAUUUGGACAUUCCAGAAAGCUUUGAUUCUCGUGACAAUUGGCCAAAAUGCGAUUCCAUCAAGGUCAUCAGAGACCAGUCAAGCUGUGGAUCCUGCUGGGCUUUCGGAGCCGUUGAGGCAAUGUCUGAUCGUAUUUGCAUUGCUUCCCAUGGAGAACUUCAAGUUACACUUUCCGCUGAUGAUCUUCUCAGUUGCUGCAAAAGCUGUGGAUUCGGAUGUAACGGAGGAGAUCCAUUGGCUGCCUGGCGCUACUGGGUGAAGGAUGGAAUCGUUACUGGAUCAAACUACACCGCUAACAAUGGGUGCAAGCCAUACCCAUUCCCACCAUGUGAGCAUCACUCGAAGAAAACCCACUUCGAUCCAUGUCCACACGAUUUGUACCCAACUCCAAAAUGUGAAAAGAAGUGCGUUUCUGAUUACACUGACAAGACUUACUCCGAGGACAAAUUCUUUGGCGCCAGCGCGUACGGAGUCAAGGAUGACGUUGAAGCCAUCCAGAAAGAAUUGAUGACUCACGGACCCCUUGAGAUCGCUUUCGAGGUUUACGAGGAUUUCUUGAACUAUGACGGUGGAGUCUAUGUUCACACCGGAGGAAAGCUCGGAGGAGGACACGCCGUCAAGCUUAUCGGAUGGGGUAUUGACGAUGGAAUCCCAUACUGGACAGUUGCCAACUCUUGGAACACCGACUGGGGAGAGGAUGGAUUCUUCCGUAUCCUGAGAGGAGUUGAUGAGUGUGGAAUUGAAUCUGGAGUUGUUGGAGGAAUUCCAAAGCUCAAUAGUCUUACCUCAAGACUUCACAGACACCACCGCCGCCACGUCUACGAUGACAACUACUGAACCAUCAUUCCAUUUGAACAAAACCUUUAUUUCUUUUAAAUUUCUAUAUGUAUAAAAAUGAAUGAGUUAAUCAAU